UUCCUUCUCCAUGCAUAACCAGAUGCUUUGUGAUGCAACUUAAGCGUGCAACCAAAACGUGGGAGGUUUGAAAAAGAGCAGGGCCUUCCGUCUUCAGCAGCUUACCGAAACAACAAAAGUGCGUGUCGAAUUACAAAAAGUUUCGCAGGAAGAACGACAAACAUGGAUAGCAAUUCCCUCCUGCAGCUGCUGCAAAGCGCUGGCACUCCGUCUCCAUCGCGCUCGCUUCCUGGGUCAACAUCGCCCAAUACUCCUAGUGCACAACCGACGCUGGUGGAUCCAAGUGGUAACAUCAAGGCCGCCAGCUCUUCUGCGUCCAACUCGCUACUGUCCUUGUUAACAAAUCCACCGGGCCCAGCAGUGCAAGAGACGCAGCAUGCCGAGGCAAUGCAAAAGCCUCUGGCUUUCUCUCUUGCUCCAUCAAUGCCUUCCGUUCCAUCUGGAACGAGCUUUUUGGACACUUUGACUGCUGCUCGGCCAGUGUUGGCUUCAGAAGAUGGACAGUCCGCGUCUCCCAACGCUCUGAUCCGCCCACGGUCCGCUGCGCAGUCCGCUGGAGAGCAAGCUGCUGAGCAUUUUCCUGUACCCUCUACGGCUCGAUCUGCCUCAUCCGAUCUACUCACCUUGCUGAGUAAUGGAUUGCAAAGAUCAAGGCCUUCGAAGCCGCCAGCCUCGAUGUCAAGCGUGUCAGCAGUCAAUGAGGCAUCCCAAGCCCCACCAGGAUUGAAUAGUGCUGCAAGUCUUGCAAAAAAUGAAGGACAAGUUGAACGGCGACCUUCUCAGCCUACCAUGUUCGACACGUUCAGUCCUUUCGAUCUUCUCACUCGUCCCGCCCCCCCCACGGGCAUUUUGACGUCGCAGGGGGAAAGUCAAACCUCAUUCGCAGAAGCGCCACUGCAUGCCAGCAGCACACCUGAGACUCCAGAUGCUCGAAUGGGCGAUCCCUCAUCAAACAUUUCCAUCCCUCCAAGAAAUGGCGCGUCAACGGCUGCGAGAGAAUCGCCGCUGGCGAGUGAACGUGACCGCCUUGUCCGACAGCCCCAAGUCAUCGGCUCCCCUGCCCGCACACCGCACAAGCUUCCCCAAAGGCCUCAAAGUGGCUCUGGCUCUCGCCCGGACACCCCACGCAGCACCGGCGGCAGCAGCCUGCAUCAUUCUCAUUCCCGCCAACACAGCCGCAAUUUGCAGGCCGGCAAUGCCUCAGCAAAUUCAGCGCCUUCGCAUAUUACUUCCGCGACAGCUUCGACCCCACCGCGAACGUUCAAAACCUUGCGUGUGAACAGGGAGAAACAUGCACAGACGUGGCUGAAUAAGCUACGCCAGUCCCCAAAGCUCGCUGCGGAAUCUUCUUCCAUCGAUGUUUCCCGUGAAGGUGAAGCAUCAAUGACCUCCAUUGAACUGGAUCUCGAUCAGCCCCAACCUGCAGGCAGCAGUUCCAUCCAUUCUGUCAAGCUGGAGGUAACUCCUGUUGCGCUGCUCAAUGCAGGAACCGAGAUUCCGUUCACAACCUGGCAACAUCCAGUAUCCAAGUCCGAUCUAGCAGCUGGGCAGGCUGCCACUUCAGUUCUGCAUAGCUCGCCUUCCUUCUACACUCCGCGUAUCGCGAAUCUCGGGCGCGACAUUGUUGUGUACCCGCAGAAUAACAAGGGCAAACUGCGCUUGAUCCACGUUCAGACUGGUUUCAGGGCGCUGCUUUCGGCUCAGGACGCAGAUGGGAUUGGGAAAGAACAAGUGAUCAAGGGUAUUUGGGCUCUUGAACCGCAUGAUGCCUCGCACAGCACUUCCGAUCCCGCGCAAGGAUGGCUGCUAGUCGCCGCAUUGAAAGAACCAGCCGAUGAAGAAUUCCAGGUUGUCUGGUGGCAUGUCCACGAGAAAUGGGGCUCAGAAGAUUUGGUGGCUGGGGUUCCAGAACUGGUUACCAAAGGAACGCGCCUGGCUUGGGAAAACUCUCUGCCCGGUCAGCAUUCAGGAUCGGAGAACUCAACAACUGGCUCCUCAGUAAAAUGGGUCACUGUGUCUUCGAACGAGCUGGUCUUGCACUGCCACACAGGCUGCUCGACUUCCACUACCCUGCGCUAUUUCCUUCGUCGCGCCUCAGACAAGGAACCUCUACUACGGUGUAGCCAGGAGACUCAUAGUAUUUCCCUGGGGGCGACUGCGUCGCCUGACGGUAACGUCUUCGUCAGCAUUGCGGGAGCUCACAAGCAUCAGGCGGAAGAGCUUGCAGUCGAUUUCUUCGUGGGCAAUGAGCCCUUUGGAAAUGACCGUUCGCAAGGUGCACUUCGGUUGCCCUGGCGCAUUUUAGGUGAUGGCCUCUCCAAAUCAAUCUCCCAUGUGCAACUCAUCGAUGGUCAAGGUCUAUCAGGACAAUCCUCAUCGACACAGGAUGUCUUUACGCAAGUGCUUCUUCUCGGGUUUGAGAACAACACCCAGCUUAGCAUUCUGCGAGUAGAUGGCAAUGCAAGGCGAAUCGACUAUCAGCUCGUUUGCAAUGUCAUUUUCCUUUCAAAUGGAGGCGACCAGUUCAACGUCUUGCAGUAUGACCGGUCCAGCAGGCUGCUUCUCGUGGGCAACACUUUGCGCUCCUCGGUCUUUGCCCUGCCACUCCUCUUGGAUUUGGCGGAUGAUCGGUCGAAGGCAAUUCGUCUCGGUGCUUUGCAGGAAUUCCCUCUGCCCGAGCCAUGCAUCUCGUUCACCAUCGUUCGGGAGGAACUGGUCGACCCAAGCUAUCGGCUCUUUGCCAUGCACCCUGCCGGUAUCCAUCUCGUGCAGCUGCCUUCCAUCCGACGGGGGAACAAGCAGAGGCUGAAAUCCAUCCCGGCUUCAACGCAAGGUUCAGCAGCCACCAGCAGUGCGACUUCACCCAUGCCAUUCUCGGAUGCUCGGGAGAACCUGGCAACACCUGACAAUUCAGGCGCAGGUAAUGGCACGAGGUUGGCGCCUGAGAAUGGCUUGAGCGCUGGGCUGAGGCAGCGAUCGGAGCAGCUAACAUCUUCUAGCACAGUGGCUCCUGCGCUGGCAGAAGUGAAUGUGCACGCUAUUCAAGAUGCCUUUAUUUCCUCUAUCAAUGAGCACCUCCGUUCCGCGCUCCAUGACAACCUGCAAGUGCAAGCGCCCGGUUUGGCGGCCCAGGUCUCGCAGGUACUUGCAUCGGCACUGCCCGAUGUGUUGGCGCGUGCCAUGAACAGGGCCGACACAAUCAGUCGUUUGACGAAGGUGAUCCAAGCUGCCAUCUCCGCUCCAGUGCAGCAGGCAGCUAUCUCUGCAAUUAAUCAGAGCUUGCAACAUCGUUUUUCGGAGGUCAUGUCUGAUUUGGCUUUCCGACUUGAACAUCACAUUUCUGCGGAGAUGCUUCAGACCCGUAAGGAUGCCAUUGCCGAGCAGAGUCAAGCUCUAGCUCAGACGGAAGGAACAAUCGGUGAGAUCUACCGCAACAUGAAAGGGAUGCAAGCGCAAAUGGAUGCUCUCCGCCAAUCCAAUGCCGAUCUGCAGCAUGAUCUGCGUAAAUCCCUACAGGCGCAGCAGGGAAUACUUGAAGCUGUUCGCGAAGCGACCGAAGCACUGGGUCAGCACCAAGCCAGCAAUCCGCCACGCACUACUGCCGGUCCACCACAGGCAGAAGCCUCCAAUCCAGUGCCUGCUGCGAAGCCGUUCAAUGUCGAGGACGCGUUCUUGGCCGUUCUGUCCGACCCCAACAUCCAAUCAGACGCGCGCCGACUCCAGAUGCUACUCCAGGAUCUCGGUCUGAACUUUGCUUCUCCGAGCGCUGCGCUGGCAUCCGUCUCCCAACCAGUACUGCUUGCGCUUCUGCACCGCCUCGCCACGUGCCUAUGGACAUUCGCACAGCCGGACGAGCCAGAGCAGACGACCCGCGGCAUGCGCCCGGCGGCUGCCAUCCCAUGGCUCGAAGCGGUCGCGGCGCGCAUCGACAAGCGUGAUGCGCAGAUCGCGGCUGCGUACCAGAGCAUCUACCCGCGCUUGAUGAAUCAACUGUUCGAGGCCCACGCAGCGCUGUCCCGCCCUGGUGGCAAGCACAGCCCGUGGUGGACGCGAGAGCAGCUGAUCGAGCGCAUUACCAACCGCCUUAUCUCGUAAAAUGCGACAAGCAUAUCGCAUUGCACUCAUUGCUGGAGAUUGCCUGCUCAUCCCACAUCCCUGUUGGCCCACGUAUACGGUCGGCUGUACGCCACCACGCACGCACGCAAUCGCAGAUGCACAUGUUCUGCACGCACGAAAUGCCAAAAUCCCUCAGAAUUUGAAUCAUGCAAGAGGGGACGUAUCGCUAUGGUGUGCUGUGGUAUGAGUGACUACAUUGCUGAUAUUAUUGAGAACGUGAUGCUAGAACCAGGAACGCCUUUGG